UUCGCUUCAAUCUCAGAGAGAAAUCACCGAUACUUCAUUAUAUUACAUUGACAUGAAUGCCGUUUGAGUCUGUUAAUGGCAAUGUCGUGGAAGUUUGAAUCGCAGUUCGAAAGUUAGUUCGAUUGAGGUUGAAUCAUUUUCAAAGUAGUCAUAGAAACGCGACGGACGCGGUUCGUAUCGCACUUGUCUUUUUAACGUGACACGACAGUUCGUAUGCAGCUGUUAAACUAUGCCGAUGUGCUAAUUGUCGUGAUAUUCGAUCUUUAUAAGAGGUUAAAAAAUGGAUCGGAAGUAUCAGAGAGUAGAAAUGGGAGUGGGUGCGUUUCACCACCCACCCAGAGCAAAAUACAGCGAGGAAACAAAAAAUUUGAUCAAACUUCUAAUGGAAGAAUCCAAAAUGAGUAUGAUGAAACGAAAGUCUAUUCAGCAAGCGAUUAAUAAAGGUGAAGCCUUGCCCGUUGCCGUGCAGAAAUCGAAGGCUGGAUCGAACAAGCACAAUUUACAAUACCAGGCAAUAAGGAGAAGCAAAAGCGUCAUUUAGCAUGUAUGAUGGCAUACGGAAAGGAUAUACCAGAAACUCCUCGUGGGCCAAGGAUUCUUCAUAAAGCAAGACGAGAGCCAAAUUCUGAUACUACCGAUCCGAUCGAUGAGUUGGUGCGUGGAAUUCAAGAAAGAAUGGAAUUUUUAAGCGACAUGCAAUGUCUCGGAAUGGACAAAAAGUAUCGUCCUAUAAUACAGCAAGAAGUGGCACAUAAAUUACGAUUGAUCGAAUCUGUGGACAAGCAGAGGUCCAAGGAAAUUCGAAAAGAAAUUAGAGAACUUGAGAAACCAUUGCCAAAACCACUACCUUUGGGACAGCUUGACGAUAAUUAAUUUUCUAAUUCAUGGUCUUUUAUGCAUAACUAAUUUACUAUUUUUUAUCAAGUUUUACAGGACUUAUUAUAGAGUAUUUUAGAUGAGACAAAUGAUACAAAACAAAACAAAUACUAGUAUCCGCUUCAGGAGAAAGAAACAUGUAUUUAAGGUAAAAGAAAAAUAUUUUUGAAAAUUCAAACGAUAUAUGCACGAUGUAACAUUAUAUUGCAAUAAAACUUCAUUUGUAUGAAAUUCAUAUAAUUAUAAUUACAUAGCAGAGAUUCACUGAUUGUCA